CGUUUACAGACAGCCACCCCAGCUGCCGGAGAUGGAAACGAGAAUACCCUCAAUAUCUCUUUUCCUAUGAAAAAUGUGUGAAGGAGGGGUAGGUUCUAGUCUAUACGGGUACCAAUUCCUCCACCGCUGGUUGUACAGGCUGCCCUCGGGACUUCUGUCACAUUGGCGGCAAUUAUUGUAGUAAUGCAUAUUUUGUAACUGAAGCCUGUUCGGAGUGUUUGCAAGAUGUUGGUGCCUGUAAGGACUCGACUUCGUUGCCUAUGGAGUGAGUGAUUUGGCGGACUCGCCACACAUAGCCUAAUUGACAUGGAGAAACCGAGCAAGCAGUGAACGACGCAUUGAAGUGUGCCCGUAAAAGGGAUGUGUGACUGCCAAAUCUUGGCAACUGGCUGUGCGUUCUGGGACGUAUCAAAAUGACACAGCCAUCGCUCCGUGGAAUCGCCUGACCUGAAUUCCUGAGUGUCAACCCAACAGGCGGGUAGUGGCGUGUAUUUGGGGACGCGUUGGGCACUGUUUUCGUUGAAGAGGCUAUCCGUUCGCCCCGACACCGGCUUGUCGGCUUGGAGAGUGAUCUGGGAGGAUAGGCGGAGGAUGGGAGAGCGAGCAGAACCGUAUCAGUGGGUCUCGGGAGGACACCGUCAUAAUACAGGGCAGUGAUGCCGGGCAUGGUGUUGUUUCGGCGGCGCUGGUCAGUAGGCAGUGAUGACCUGGUGUUGCCCGCACUCUUUCUCUUCAUACUGCACUCCAUAUGGCUGGUUGUGCUGCUAGUGGUGCUGUUCGGGCUGCACUACGGCUCGGCCCAGUCCUGCAGCAUCACGCUGGUGGACCACGGCUAUGGCUACCUGGGCAUCCUGGUCAGCUGCCUGAUCUGCGAGAGCGCCAUCAUGUGGCUGAGCAUGAGAGGCAGCAUCCUCUACACGCAGCCCCGCGACGCCGUGCAGUACGUCCUCUACAUACGACUUGCCAUUCUGCUGGUGGAGCUGGUGUAUGCGGUGGUGGGGAUCGCAUGGCUGGUGCAGUACUACCAACCCUGCUCUGAUGUCACUGCCAAGAAUCUCACCCUGGGCAUCGUGGUGUGUAACUGGCUGGUGAUCUUCAGCGUGUGUUUCACCCUCAUGUGUACAUUCGAUCCUACGGGCCGCACCUUCGUUAAGUUGAAAGCCACGCGCCGCCGCCAGCGCAACCUCACCACCUACACACUCAGACACAGGUUGGAGGAAGGCCAGGCCAGCAGCUGGAGCAGGAGACUCAAGUUCAUCAUGUGCUGCACCAGGGCCCAGGACACCCAGUCUGAUGCCUAUUCCGAGGUGGCCAGCCUGUUUGCUGAGUUCUUCCGAGACCUAGACAUCGUGCCAAGCGACAUCAUCGCCGGCCUGGUGCUGCUCAGACAGCGGCAACGGGCCAAACGCUCCGCCAUACUAGACCAGUUGAGGCUGCAGAGGGAAGGACAACAGCAGGCAAGGACAGGGAAAGACAACAGCACAGAGAGAGACAACAAGAAAGACAGGAGAGAGAAAGUGGAGGACAACGAGGCAGAGAAAGAGAGUGACACAGGGGAAGAGAAUGCAAAAGAGGUUGAGACAAAAAAGGAGAAAGAGAGUGAGGCCAACAAUGACAUUAUCGCCUUCCUAUCCGGGAUGCCUGUCACCCGCAACACGAAAUACCUGGACCUCAAAAACUCUGUGGAGAUGGGCAUGUAUAAGGAGGUGUGCUACUACAUGCUGUUUGCUCUGGCGGCGUACGGUUGGCCCAUGUACCUGCUGAGGAAGCCAGCCUGUGGCCUAUGCAGACUGCUCAGCUCCUGCUCAUGUGCAUCUGGCUCCAGUGCGCGUCUGACCCAGUCUGUGACGGUGGAGGAGGAUAACUGCUGUGGUUGCAACGUGCUGGCCGUGCGACGACACUUCCUGGACCAGGACCUCAAGCAGGUCCAGAUUGUCUACAUGUCCUGCCACGACGCCGUGUACGAGACUCCGUUUUUUGUGGCGGUGGAUCAUGGGAAAAAGAAGGUGGUCAUCAGUAUCCGAGGGACUCUGUCCCUUAAAGACGCUUUGACUGAUCUCACGGGCGACUCAGAGAGAUUGCCAGUGGAGGAACAGCAUGGCACUUGGUUGGGGCACAAGGGCAUGGUGUACUCGGCAGAGUACAUCAAGAAGAAACUGGAACAGGAGAUGAUUCUGUCCCAAGCCUUCGGGAGAGAUCUGAGCAAAGGCACAAUGCAUUAUGGGUUGGUGAUCGUGGGCCACUCCCUGGGCGCGGGCACUGCGGCAAUCCUCUCCUUCCUGCUGCGGCCACAGUACCCCACACUACACUGCUACGCAUACUCACCGCCCGGAGGCCUUCUCAGUGAGGAUGCGAUGGAGUACUCUAAAGAGUUUUGCACUUCCGUGGUGUUGGGGAAGGAUCUAGUCCCGAGGAUUGGCCUCUUCCAGCUAGAAGGGUUCCGCCGUCACCUUCUGGAAGUCUUACAGAAGAGCGACAAGCCAAAGUGGAGGAUCAUCGUAGGCGGCACCAAGUGCAUUCCCAAGUCGGAGUUUCCUGAGGAGGACGAGGACGGCACCGAGUCCCAGGGCUCCGCCGCCCCUCCCAGCUCCCGCCUCUGGCUGCACCCCAGUGACUUAAGCAUCGCCCUGUCCGCCUCCACCCCCCUCUACCCCCCAGGCCGGGUCAUUCACGUGGUGCACAACCACCCACCAGAGACCUGCUGUGGCCAGGAGGAGCCCACCUACUCGGCCCUGUGGGGGGACAACAAGGCCUUCGACGAGGUCAUCAUCUCCCCCGCCAUGCUCAACGAACACAUGCCACACAUGGUCAUGGAGGGGCUCCAUAAGGUGCUGGAAAAUUACAACAAAGGCAAGACAGCUCUCCUGUCCGCUGCUAAGAUCAUGGUGAGUCCCACAGAGGUGGACCUGAACCCGGAGACCAUCUUCAUGGGAGCGUCCACAACGUCCCACCAGCCGAGUCCCGUCACCCACCAUCGCAGGAACAGCAGUGUCCGCUCCUGUGCCCGGUCGGAGAUCUCCCUAGACGGCUUCGCUGAGUGCCCCCCUCCCCCGGUUCCCGUGGUGCUGACAGGGGCCCGCGAGCGGCUCACGGUGGAGCUGGGCGACCGCCGGGCCCCUCUAGCCUGCAUGGAGAGCCUGUCGGACGUGGAGUCCCUCUACAGCCUGGACUCUCGCCGCUCCUCUGCGGCGCUCCGGGGCUCGCCGUGCCUGGGAAGCCUGCCGUUCCCUUUGGAUGCGCCCAUCCCGGAGGAGAACCCGUCGCUCAGCUCUCGCACGGAGCUCCUGGCAGCUGAUGGACUCCAGCCGGACACGCCUGAGCACGAGCUGGGGGAGCCGGGGCCUUACAUCCCCACGCCCCCGCUGCAGUACAGCCCCCAGCUCUCCCCGGACACCCCUCGUUACAACCCCCACACACACGUCCGCAGCAACCACAACCACCAUGCGCCUCCUCCCGUCCUGGGGCAGACGGUGAUCGGACAGCCUCCCCCCUACCAGGAUGGACCCCUACAGGCAACAGCAGCAACGACCACAGCAGCUGGAGCAGAGACGAUCAAUGUUUACCUGCAGCAGUCAGGGCCUCCCAGCCCGGAGAUGCCCCCCUCCACGCCCCACAGCCCCAGGGGGUGCAGCACUCCUCUGGAGCGGGGCAGCCAGGAGUCGGUGGUGGUGGACACUGAGGUGAAGGCUGCCAGCGAGCUCCCUUCCAAGACUGCUGGCAUCGAUAGUGGAGCUCCUGAGGUUGCAGCAGCUGCUGCUGCCUCAGCCUCCGCCUCCACCUUCGCCUCCGCCUCCACCACCACCUCCACUCCCUCUUCCUCUUCCCUGGCAGCCCAGCAGGAAGCCAAUCCCCCGCUCUCCAACGGGAACCCCAGCCAGGUGGUGCUGGAGUUCGCCCAGUACCUGGACUCUCUCUUCAGGCUGGACGGCAGCGGCUCUCCGCCUCUGGAGCUUUCCGACGGCGAGUCGGAGUCUGGCCGCGGCUCCUACAGCCAGAGCGAGGGCCAGGGACCGGGACCGGGCCAAGACCUGGAUCAGUUAGUCCAGGGCCCAGGGCAUAGCGGAGGACCUGGCCAGCAGCAGCAGCAGCAGCUGGGGGACGAUGGGGACAGGCAGCUGCUGGCCAGGGCCACCCUGGAGCCCAACCUGGUGCCCAAGCCUCCGCGCACCUUUGCUGGGUCGGCGGACCAGUCUUCUGGCAUCUCUCUGUCUCCCUCCUACCCGCUGUCCUCGUCCGGGGAGCUGAACGACCUCUCGCCCUCGGACGGGCCGCCGGUCGCCAAUCACAUACGAACUUCGACCCCGUGCGUUUAUAAUGAGGAGAAUGCACUCGCGUCUAUGGUGUAGUGUUCCUCACCUCUCUCUCUCUCUCUCUCUCUCUCUCUCUCUCUCUCUCUCUCUCUCUCUCUCUCUCUCUCUCUCUUCCAUCUCUUUCUCUCUCCCAUUUCUCUCUCUCUACCAUCUCUCUUUCUGGCCCUCUCUCUUACUCUGCUCUUCUUGCAGUCUUAAUCUCUCACUGUCAAUCUACCAGUCUCUCUAUCUCAUACAGUCGGUGCAUUCAUUGAAUAAUCUGAAUGGAUUGUGCAACAUGCAUGCGUAGCAAUGCAAUCUGACUUCCAAGACAGCUGGCUAGCAAAAUACAAGACAAAAAAAAAACAUCACUGAACAGUAACCUCAUUUUAUAGUUAUUUUUGUUGGCUGUCUAUACUGAAUGCUACAUGUUGUUUAUUCACUGUCCUGGUCCUUCUUAGCAUUCCAAGCAUCCCCACGUAUCACCAGAGUCCGUUGGGAGGAAAAUGCCACACCACCAUUUGGUUGAGACAGACUUAAGAAACAUUAUUACGGACAUAAACACUAUCGGCAUCACUGCCCUUCACCAUGAAGACUUGCACAAGAGAAUGAAAAACAAAUCACUUUUCAUGUACUAUAUUAUUUCUUGUUUACAUUUGCAUUUAUUACUUUUUUUAAAAAGCAUGUUUUAAUGAAUUAAAGGGAGCCUUCUGUGAGUUCAGAAAGUGCCAGGUCUAGGUACAUAAACUAAGUGUGGCACUGAAAUCUGACAUCCAUGCCAUACACUGAAUGUUAAUUCCACACACAUGAAGCAUUUUUAUUCCCCCAUGGAUCUUCCCUCUUUAGUGUGGCAUACACGUGGAGACGAUACGUGUAACUUGAACCACAGCACCAAUGCAGGGACUCGAAGUGUCUUGGAUAAAAUAGGAAGGAAAUGGGAAGUUUUAAGAGGGAAUUGGGCAAACGAGGGAAGAGGAGGUUUGUUGGCGUAUCGGCACAAAAAAAAUCCUCAGGUUUAUAAAAGGUUAUGUUUGGGUGAAGCAGACAAACCAAACAGAGAAAGCCACUUUAGAACAUGAUUUGACUUUACACUCCAGGUUUGUAAGUAGAUUACGAACAUGUACUUAUGUAUGUUAAACAGAUGUCAUUGAAAGGCCUUUUUUUAAAUAAUCAGAGUUUGGAGGCGAUGAUUGUGAUGCUGUGAUGCAAGUCAAGUCGAACAUUUACAUUCCCGGACUAACCCACAUCAACAUCCACAUUUUUAACCCCCUGCCAAAAAAAACCCUACCUUUUUUUUUACAAUUGCCAAAUAUAUUUUAAGAGAUGUCAUUUAUCAGUAUAGGAGACGUGCGUAAUGAGUAUGACAUACGUGCGUAAUGAAUAACCCAUGCAAAAUACAAAUGGUCAGCAACAGAGACAGGAAUGUGUAAGGGAUGGCUGCAGGCAGUGGCUGCGAGCAUUGCCAAGCACUGGAUAACACAACUGAGUAGAGUGGAAUAUAUGAGAGAGCUCCCAAAAAGAUGAUGAUGAUGAUGAUGAUGAUGAUGAUGUCAUCUCACACUGCCAAGAAAGAGUAUGUAAUAAGUAUGUGGGUCUCAGGGCCAUGGUGCUUUCCAAAAACAAAACAGAAGCAUGGGAACCAAUGUACGGGUGAGCCCCUAUACCUUUUUCUGCCCUCCACGGCAAAGAUACCUUUAAGAACCAGUUCAUCUCAAGCACACUUGGGCCAGGACUGGAUAACACUAUAUACGGGGAUUCAGGUUGAUCUCGUCCCAUAUCUCUCAUAUUAUUCUUAUUUCAAAACAAAAACAAAAUGUGCAUCAAAGCAAGCCUUGUGUCUGUGGCCAAUUUAUUAUUAUCAUUUUUAUAUCUAUCUUUUUUGGAAUGUGAUGUCAUUCAUAUCUGAUCAUUAUUUAUUAUUGCCAUUCCAUUAUCAUUUCUUAGGCUUACAAUAAUUGGUGUUAUGGUGAUCCAUUAAGACACGUAUUCUUAUGGUUAUUAUUGCUCUUUUUGUAUAAUUUAAAUGAGUUAAGUUGAGUUAGGGGAGCUCUUUUGAAGUAAAAUAAAAUAAAAUAAAAUCUCCUAUGACCCUGUGAAAAAGUACUCCUGGGGCAACAGACAGUCAGCAUGACUUUUUAAAUAAUUAAGAAUGAUGUAUGGAAGACAAGGAAAGUUACGUGUGUGUGUGUGUGUGUGUGUGUGUGUGUGUGUGUGUGUGUGUGUGUGUGUGUGUGUGUGUGUGUGUGUGUGUGUGUGUGUGUGUGUGUGUGUGUGUGUGUGUGUGUGUGUGUGUGUGUGUGUGUGUGUUUUGUGUUUUGUGUUUGUGAAAGUGUUAAAUGUGACAUUCACAGUGUGAACAUUCAACAUUGGAAUUACCUAUAUUAAAUCUGCCAACAAAAUAUUUUUUGGACCAUUUGGGUUUUUGAAAUAGCCUACCUUUAACUUUUCUAAAAUCUCAGUUGUCACUGAUGUUAUGUACUAUAUCUGCUGACUUCAGAAUGUCGGACAGAGGAAUGAAAAACCAAGUCUGUUUUUAUUCAGUAUGAUCUGACUGGGCACAGGACCAAUGGAAUGAUAAGGGAGAAGCCCCGGGUACUUUUUCACAGUGGCUAUGUACAGCACUGUCUUCAUUGUGUACUUAUUUAUAUGCAAGUAUAUCUGUCUUGUUUCCAGUCUUUGACAAAGAGAAACAAGGAAAAAAACUAAGACCCAUAGGACAUGAUCUAGAUUAAAUUACUGUAAAAUAAAACAUAAAUGGUAACAAGUUUAUCACAGAUAUAUAUAUACAGAUAUUGACAGAUAUAAAUGAAUAUAUUUAGCAAGAGAGACAGGCCAAUUUCAGAGAAUAUAAAUAUCUAUAUAUCAAUAAAUAUGUAUAUGACAGUUUAGGAUUUGGUUUUAAUGUCAAAUGAUGGAAAAAGUAAUUGAUGUCUAUGUUUACCAGGUACCCCCCGAUUCCUCGCCCCACCCUCCCCCCUCCCUUGAAUGAGAAUGUAUACCUUCCCUGUUGCCCUGCCUGUAAUACAAUAU